AUGGGGGUUACAGAGAUAAUAAGCAUUAAAGAUGGGAAUAUAAAAAUGCUUAAAGAUGCUCUAGUCAAGGAAGGCGGAAUACCAAAGGAGAGUUUCACUACUUAUGAAAUUCUAAGUGCUUGCAUAUGGAAAUCAAGAUCUCGAGCCCUAAACCUAGACCUUGACAAGAUCACUGUCCUUUGUAUAGUUGUGGGAAUCCGACAUGUUCUUGAUCCGCCACUUCCAGAGGGCUACGACAGAAACUCAGUUAUAGACGUGUACAUCGAGUUAACCACGAGGGAGCUCCAUGAAUCAUCAAUCUCUGACAUUGCCAAACUGGUGAAGAAAGCUAAGAAAAAAGCUUAUGACAAGAGCUAUGUCGAGGAGGUGCUAAGAAACAUAGAGAGGAUGAUUAAGGAGGAUGUGAAAUUCGACGAGGUAAUCGAUAGAUUAUUAUUCAUGACCGAUAUGAGAAACCUCGCGGUGUUUGGAUCGAUGGAUUUUGGUUGGAGAGAGCCUGUGAACAUAAGGGGUCUUAUGUUUCAAGAAAGCGACAAGAACAUGGGGAUGAUAUUAGGACCAUCCAAAGUGGGUCCAUCAACGGAAGGUGGGGUUAGAGUGGUAAUGACACUGCCGAGAGAUGCAAUGGUUAACCUCAGGCAAGAACUAGAUGCAUUGAUGUAUCUUCGUACUCGCUUUUGA